GCUUUGCCGUACAGUGGAUUCCGUUGUUUUGAUGAGAAUAGAGGUGUUGUUGAGGUUAUCGACGAUUUACAGCAACCUUGGCUCGUAUUGGUAAAAAUUUUUAGUCUCGAUAGCUCGCCAACUGCUGCUUUUCUGAUCGAGUCGCUUAUAAAAAGGCGACUUGAUCUAGCUAAUACAAAGCCUUUGUGAAAUCGAAAGGGAUGCCGCUGCAGACAGACUCCGACGGACGCCAACAGUCUUUGGAUUUAAUCUCAUCGCAUUUAAUCGGAAAGAGUAGCUUCUCUAUAAAUUUAAAAGGCCUCAGAAUAAUUCAUUCUCGACCGAGUGCUUCUGUAAGAUGCUUAAACGCGAGUGCGAAUUAAAAGCUCUGUUGUGAAGUGAAGACAGGAGCGUAACAGUUAACUAGCGAGCUAACAGGCUAACGUUAGCUGGUCAACAAACCGUCACCGAGGGAGCCGUUAGAGGUUAAAAAGAAGAGUUUCUACAGCCCACAGCUUCGCUUUUGUACCCGUUGUUUUCUGCCUGUAUUGGGACUAUUGCUCGACAGCAAUGAAACUGUUGGAAAACUCCAGUUUUGAAGCCCUCAGCUCUCGGCUGUGUGUUGAAACAGGGGAGUCUCGCAUCCUUGGCAGGAUCGAGAGCUACUCCUGUAAAAUGGCAGGGGAUGACAAACACAUGUUCAAGCAGUUCUGCCAGGAGGGGGAGCCACACAUCCUGGAGGCUCUAUCUCCCCCUCAGUCCACCAGCGCCACCAGCCCUUCACAACUGGGGAAGAGCGUCGAGGAUGGGGAGAACCCUCUGAGUGACAAGUGUUGCAGGAAGACUUUAUUCUACCUCAUCACCACGCUCAACGAGUCCUUCAGGCCGGACUAUGACUUCACCGCGGCACGGGCCCACGAGUUCAGCCGGGAACCAAGUCUCAACUGGGUGGCCAACGCAGUAAACAGCAGCUUGUUCUCAGCUGUGGGGGAAGAGUUCAACUCUCUGGGUCCGGAGCUGUGGAACGCCAUCGACCAGGAGAUCAACCUGCAGGGCUGUGACUUUUACAGCUACAACCCUGAUCUGGACUCAGACCCUUUCGGUGAGGAGGGGAGCCUCUGGUCCUUCAACUACUUCUUCUACAACAAGAAGCUCAAGAGGAUUGUGUUCCUCACAUGCCGCUCCGUCAGCGUCCUGAGUGGUUAUGGCCGCGAUUGUCUCGACAACGAGCUGGACAUGGAGCUGGAUGACGAGGAGGAAAUGGACGGCUUCACUGAGGACAGGUGCCCCAGAGCUCUGUGCGUGUGAAUCUUCCCGGAUGACGCACCUCGGCCAAAGAAUAUCUAGGCUGUUCCUCCUUCGAUCCCAUUCUUCGCUCCCCCAUCUACCUUUUUCUUUUUGUGUUUGGGAUUUCGCUGCCUCAUCCAAAGCCAUUUUCACACUUUUUAGACUAAUGCAUGUUUGAAGCCCUCUCUCCUGCUGGCGGUGGAUUGUGUGCCGUAAGGCGGUGAACAUUUUGUUAAAGACCCCGCGGUAACUUUUAAGCUUCUUCGAUCUCCAGUUUGUUUUUUUUGUUGUUUUUUUUGACCCUACGCUCCUGGCUCAGUAACAGCACACACACACACACACACAUGGACGCCUCUACAUCUGCCACAUCUCCAAGGAGACCACUUCAUGGACCCUUAAACAGAAGUAGGUCCCGUUAUGGAGACGUGUGGGCAAGAAAGACAAAGUUUCUUGCAUGUGAUGUCAAAUUCCCACGAGCCUCGAGGAGUCCAGACAACACCAGCAUUAACAAAGACUGACGCAGAUAAAAGUUUAUAAUGUUCCUAUGUGGGAAGCUGGGCUGGGUCCACGAAAAGACUGAUAUACCGAUCAGCCGAGAACUCAUCCCUUUGUUCAUAGUUUGCUAUUUUUUUGUGUGUUGCUUUUUCUUUGUGACAGUGACGUUACUGUGAGAACUUUUUUUAGCACUGAGUUUGAAAUCUGGAAAAGGAAAAAAAAAAAAACCCACUGCAUUUAUAAUUUGUAUCAUUGGAUCUUAAUACUGCGAACGCUCAUCACUACUUAUCGGACAAGAGGGCACUGCCAAGGAUAACAGUACUAUUGGCUCCAGAGUUGCAGCUUUGAAAACAUAUCAGCUUUCAUCGGAUGUGUUGCUUCAGUCCACGAUUACCCAGUUUGUUGUUUCCUUUCAUAUGUCGUCUUUAUGUCCAGUAUUUUUUCAUUGUUCCCAGUUAAUCCCGAUUUCUAAAUGUCUGUCCUGACAGUGUUUUUCUUUGCGCAUUACCUCAGUGCAAAGGCUUCAUUGAAAGUGAAUGUAUAGUAAAAUUUUAGAGGUAAAAAAAACAAAAAAAAUCUUAACAUAAAAAACGGCUGAUAUGUUCUACAAUAUUUUUUAGAAGUUGAGACGCUCCUCUUUACGUUCCUUACAAGUGGGUAGGAGUUGUGUGUCUUUCUUGAUUGCUCUGUGCUUUGAUUGGCUGAUAUAUUACAGAUGUGAAUAAACUGGUUGUUUGAAUCAGA